AUGGCUCCCCGCGAGAAGCCGACGUCUUCCUUGUAUCAAGUCGGAAGGGAUCCGGAGGAGUUGUGUUCAGACAAGUUGGUGCUGAGGGAUCAUGCCAAACCCAGUCUGGCGAGGCAUUGGACGUGUGCUCGUCUGAGGUGGGAUGGGACCCUGUGCUGGCUGGUCGAGAGUGAUGGCGAGGACCAUCCCGAAAACUUUCUGCACAAACAUGUCCUCAGCCACGAUACCGCGGUACGUGCAUUGCAGAACUGGAUCUCGGAAGCCAACAAGGGGAUAGGAAGCUUUUUCCCCAAGCCGAAGAUCUGGCUCCUAACUGGCGUCUACUUGCUGAAAGACGCCACUUUCACAGGCGAGAAGAAGCGGACGGCAGGCGAGAAGAAGCGGACGGCAGGCUUCGAGGCAGGUCUGAGCUCGACUGUCGUAUCAGCUGCUGGCGGACCCGCGGUGGGACCUUCGAUUGGCGUCGGGCGCUCGAAGGAUAGCAGUUCGUGGACACCGACGCAAGGAUGGCUUGUAUGGGCCGCGCAGUAUCGGGCGAUCAAUUAUCAAUGCUGGACACAGACGUCCCAACGUAUCGACGACCCGGAUCUCAGGCUGCUUUACCAUGUGGUGAGCGGAGGAGCCAGCUACUAUUCUACGACAGGCUGGGCGAAAGGUUUGACGUUGGCGGUUGAGGAGCUCGCUUCGCCGGACUGGGCUGAGGUUUUGACAGUGGAGGUUGAGGAGGAGAUGCAACCGAGCAGCUUCGAGGACGAGGGGAGAUAUUCAGGCUACGACAUUACCGACGGCGUAGACGACGCUAACGCGGACGAUGAUGACGAUGAUGACGAUGACUGGGACGAGCAGUAUUGGCCACCUGAAACCUCGAGACAGCCGACGGCCAGGGAAACCGUCGAGUCCAUACCGACCAGUCUUGACGCCGAGUUACACGAGAAGAAAGAGGAGUGGAAGCGUGCUAAUGGGGCGCUGGAGGCUGCACGCUUGCUUCAUUGGCGGCAACAGCGCGGUCAGAAAAUAGAAGGUCAUGGGCAAGGGUAUCGACUGGGUCGGGAGGCGUUCUUAGGGGUGGAAAGGGCGUUCGAGCAUGCUCUUGCUGGUUCGCAGAGCGCCUGGGCGGUGCGGAUGUUUUAUGAGGUGUAG